AAAUUUACAUUAUUCAUACAUAACUAUUAAAAUAUGGAAAAGAAGAAAGAGUAUUUACGGUGUUUGAUGCUUUUCUAUUUUCGAAAAAAUAAAACAGCCACUGAUACCAAAAGGAAAAUUUGCGCAGUAUAUGGCGAGGAUGCGGUUAGUGAGCGUGUGGUCCAAAUUUGGUUUUCAAAAUUUCGUAAGGGCGACACAAGUUGUGUUGAUGGACAACGUACUGGUCGUCCAGGUGUGGCAGAUAGUGAUAAAGUGAAAAUGUUAAUUGAAAGAAAUCCUCAUUUCACUACAAGAAAAAUUGCGGAAAUUAUUAGUCUAUCGGAAAAAACCGUUGCCGACUACUUACAACGCCUCGGAUAUGUAAUUGAUGGCGAAGGCUGGCGCUUUGAUGAUUCUGCUCCAAAGUGUAAUGACAACGACAACCACACGCCACAUCUGGACAAAGAGAAAAGUGCUGUAAAAGCGGAGGUGUUCGGAUACUGCAACAAAGAAUUUGCAUACGAAGAAGAGUCGCUCAAUUGCGGUGUUCAAAUUACCCCAACAGAAGCAAACAUCUGUGCUCCUCGACCCCCAACAGACACAUUCAUAGAUUUUGCUUAUGUUGGAAACGAUAGCUACCACGGCAUCAACGAAAAAGGCAAAGAGAAUGAUAAUACUGGCAACACUGCUCCAAAUGUAUUACCUUCAUUUUCCGAGUACUUUUCUAAUGUUUAUACCAGUUACAUUAGAGGUGGCAGCGGAUAUUGUGCAAUCGAAAAUCGCAACAUCAACUCUGUGGAGGCCUUCAAUGGCGGAUAUCCGUUAAAGGGUUAUGAGUAAACUUCUAUCUAGUCAACAAAAAAAAAA